AACAAAUCUCGACGCCAAAGUCACAAACCCGACAUUCUCCAAACUCGAAAUAUAAAUAUUUUUUGUCGCUUUGCCACAAUAUUCGACGUUAUCUUUGAAAUAAAUAGGGGCCCAAAACCAUCAAAUACCCGGCUCGUUUGAGUGGCUCUUAAGCCGGAGAACCCAAGAUGGCUGAUAAACUUACCAGAAUCGCGAUCGUCAAUGGCGACAAGUGCAAACCGAAGAAAUGUAGGCAAGAGUGCAAGAAAUCGUGCCCAGUUGUUCGCAGUGGUCGUCUCUGUAUCGAAGUCGACUCCUCAUCGAAAAUCGCUUUCAUAUCCGAGACACUAUGCAUAGGAUGUGGUAUUUGCCCCAAGAAGUGCCCAUUCGGCGCGAUCAACAUUAUCAACCUGCCGACCAACCUCGAGUCCCAGGUUACCCAUCGUUAUUCCGCGAAUAGCUUCAAGCUGCAUCGCCUGCCCAUGCCAAGACCCGGGCAGGUGCUUGGUCUUGUCGGAACCAACGGUAUCGGAAAGAGUACGGCCCUGAAGAUCCUGAGUGGGAAGCUCAAGCCCAAUCUCGGAAGAUUUGACAACCCCCCAGACUGGGAAGACGUCAUCAAAUACUUCCGUGGCUCGGAACUACAAAACUAUUUCACGAAACUCCUCGAAGACGACCUCAAGGCUGUCGUAAAGCCCCAAUAUGUCGACCAAAUCCCCAAAGCUGUGCGUGCGCCAGACAAGUCUGUCCAGGCCUUGAUCGAGGGCAGGUCUCAGAUGGAUAACCUCAAGGAAGUCUGUGAUGUUUUGGAGUUGAACCAUGUUAUGGAUCGUGAUAUCAACCUUCUUUCCGGAGGAGAGCUUCAACGUUUCGCCAUCGGAACAGUCUGUGUCCAGCAAGCCGAUGUCUACAUGUUUGACGAGCCGUCGUCCUACCUGGAUGUGAAGCAGCGUCUGAGUGCAGCCAAGAUCAUUCGCUCCCUUCUCAAAUCAUCUAACUACGUGAUUUGUGUCGAGCACGAUUUGUCCGUCCUGGAUUAUCUUUCCGACUUCAUCUGUGUGCUCUACGGUCGCCCAGCAGUAUACGGUGUUGUUACUAUGCCUGCAUCGGUCCGUGAGGGCAUCAAUAUUUUCUUGGAUGGACAUAUCCCAACCGAGAACUUGCGAUUCCGAGAUGAGUCCUUGACUUUCCGCAUCGCAGAAGCCGGAGACGAAUUCAUCGUUGAUCGUUCGCGCGCCUUCCAAUACCCGUCCAUGGAGAAGACUCUAGGAAACUUCCAUCUUACGAUUGACGAGGGUGACUUUACGGACUCGGAAAUUAUUGUGAUGAUGGGAGAGAACGGAACGGGAAAGACGACAUUCUGUAAGAUGCUGGCUGGCGCUACAAAGCCCGAUGGAAACAGAAAGGUCCCCGACAUGAAGAUCAGCAUGAAGCCCCAGAAGAUCACACCUAAGUUUGACGGCAGUGUUCGCCAGUUGUUCUUCAAGAAGAUCAAGACUGCGUUCCUUUCUCCCCAGUUCCAGACCGAUGUUGUCAGGCCAUUGAAGCUCGACGAUUUCAUUGAUCAGGAAGUGAAGAACCUGUCCGGAGGAGAAUUGCAACGUGUGGCUAUCGUCCUCGCCCUUGGUAUGCCGGCUGAUAUUUACCUAAUCGAUGAGCCGUCUGCCUACCUCGAUUCCGAGCAGCGUAUUAUUGCUGCUCGCGUCAUCAAGCGAUUCAUCAUGCACUCGAAGAAGACAGCCUUCGUCGUAGAGCACGAUUUCAUCAUGGCAACUUAUCUCGCCGAUCGUGUCAUCGUCUUCGACGGUGAGCCCGGAAUUGAGGCUCGCGCUCACACACCCGAGUCCCUGCUUACUGGUUGCAACAAGUUCCUCAAGAACCUUGAUGUUACCUUCCGCCGUGACCCGACCAACUUCAGGCCACGUAUCAACAAGCUGAACUCUCAGCUGGACCAGGAACAGAAGUUAAGUGGAAACUACUUCUUCCUGGAUGAAGAUAAGAGUUGAAAAGGGCACUCUAUAUAAAAACACACCGGCUUUAGAUGCAUCAUUAGGCGUUACUGGGUUGGCAUCAGGAGCGGUAUUGCAUAGAGGGGGCUCUCCUGGAUUGGCUGAGGAGGAAGAUGUUAACGAAGACGACGAUCCGGAUGAUUAACGAUGGCGGCGGCGCUCUAUCCCCUGUUGCCUGGUCCUACACUGAUAGCCGUUCUCUUUUCUGAACAUGGUAUAGAUUGAGGGGCAAUGGAUUAAGCGGAUGAGUGCCGUCUGGGUGGUGAUUUAAAGCUAGCAUGGAGAACAAAAAUCUUCCACUGUUGGCAUAGUCAUUCAUAUUAAGUAUUGAAACGACCUGAGCCCGAAAUGGAUUCAUCUACGGCUUUAAAACUAGUUCAUCGAAUAAAAGCAAAGAGAUACGAUAUACACACCAGAUGCCCCACUAGUUGUCCCUGGGCUUUAUGAUCGUGAUUCGGAUGUCUCUUUUGGUGCUGUUAAACAUUGGC